GUAAAAAAUGAUCUGUACCAGGGCAUAAAGCCUGUGCCAUCUUGACAUUAGGAUUAUAUUUAGUUAAAUAAACUACAACUAAUAUAACACAUGUUUCCGUGAUUUGUUACAGUAUAUAUCAUAUACAAUAUUAUAUUAAACACCUAAUUAUCAUGGCGCAACGUGAUUAACCACACCGUUACUGUGAAAUGUAUCGCCUUACCAUAAGAUCAGCACCAUGUAUAAAUAAUGAGAAGUGAGAUUGAGUAUAAGCACAUACAUCUCUACCACAGUGACAAGAAGUCUUAUCGAAGCAGUUGCUCCCCACCUCGUUGUCAAACAUUCCACAGGCGUCUCACAAGACUCACGGUUGCUGAGAAGCUGCGGUGUCGUAUGUCUGGUACCUUCUGACUUUUUAGUACCUUCUUACUCAUAAGAGGUCUUUACUUAUUGGUAUCAUUUCUCUCUUGGGGUUGACGCAACAGGGAUCCGGUGACUGCUAUACUGAAACUGAAGAUUACAGAGGCAAUGAAAUAAACUGUCUCUUCAUUGGUUUGCCAGAUGCAUCGGUGAAACUAUAGGACAUGAGUUGUUGCACAGCUUUGCGAACGCCAUCUUUAUAUCAAUUGGACCCAAAGUUGAUGAGGAAAUUAUGGUGAAAUUGGUGAUUAUAGUUCUGAUCAUCCAGCUGACCAUGUCUGGGGUCUCUCCUGCCUGUGGUCGAGCUGAAUAUCUUAUAGGGCAGGAAUGCUGCCCUAUGUGUGGUCCUGGUUAUUAUGUACGGAGACACUGCACUGAGUUCAAAAGUACGACAUGUCUUCCAUGCCUGUCAUCUACCUACACUGAUGCACCCAAUGGACUGGCGUCCUGUAAAUCUUGCACAGAUUGUGACUCGAGUCUAAGAGUGAAGAGGGCGUGCAGCUCCACUUCAGACACACUCUGUGAGCCUCUGGAAGGUCACUACUGUACUGACCCAAUCAAAGAUGGCUGCCGAGGAGCUGUGGAAUACACAAAGUGCUCACCAGGGCAGUACGUCAACCAGACAGGUACAGCAUCCACAGAUACUGUGUGUGGUGACUGUGUAGGCGACACAUACUCAAAUGGAUCAUUCACAUCCUGCAGACCACACACAAGGUGUGAGUUGAUUGGACUUGUUGUCCUAAGAGAAGGAUCAUCUUCUGAUGACACUAAUUGUGGUCAAAAACCAAACACUGUUGCCAUUGUAGCUGGUAUCAUAGCUGGUGUUGCAGUCCUAGCUGCUACAUGCCUACUGUUAUCAUGA